AUGAGCCACGAGACCGUUGGCUCGCUCCUGGCCGUCAUCGCGAAUUCACUCAACGAUGGCCUGCGCAUCCUGAUGUUCGCCGACAAGCGGACAUGGGGGCCCGACGAGUUCGAGCAACUGCGCUUGCUAGAGGAAGCCCUUGACGAGGCCAAGAAGGACUUUCAAGAGCUACCUGAUCUUGUCAACGGCCGAACUUACUAUGAGAAUGAUCGUAUCAACGAGUCCCUCGAAGACCUCCGGAUCCUCUGCACCCGCUUCGAGCUGCACGCCCAGACCUUCAAGGACUGGGUGCGCGGCGGCGGCGGGCCCAUCGACCCUGCCUGGGCGCACGAGACGACCGAGCUGCGCCGCGAACUGCACCGCGCCCAGUGCCGCGCCGCCCGCCGCAUCCACAGCGCCCAGCAGAUCGACGCCGCCGUCACGGCCACCGGCGCGCGCUGCCUUGGCGCCCUGCAGGUGUACCGCGUGCAGCGGCAGCGCCACGCCGCGAUCGAGGACGAGAGAUUGGCGUGUGCGCAGACGGGAAGGUUCGAGCGGUUCGACGACAACAGCAUCGCCUUCGUCUGCGAUUUCUGCGACGGCUUCCUCGUCUGGGAGGACCUGCGCGCCAUGCCGACCACGCGAGCCGUGCAGCAGCGCCCCGCACCACCACCUUCACCGUCACCAUCACGACAACCACCAACCCCAUUCUCCUCCUCCUCAUCCUCCAACACCACCACCACCACCAGCCCUCCCACACCACGAACCCCCUCCACCGCCUCGACACCAAACAUACCCCGCGACACGAACAACUACAACAUGGACGACGCCACCGUCCCCGUAAACCCGAACUGGCAAGCCCGCGGCAUAUCCCUGACGAGCGCCGCCGCCGCCGAAGCCAAGACCGUCGUCUUCGCGCCCGUCGCCAUCGCGAACCACGCCGCCCCCGCCCCCGGCGACUGGCGCGCCCGCAUCGUCUGCCCCUACUGCGACGAGGACGCGUACUACGAGGUCCAGGGCGAGGACGACAUGGAGCGCGUGCGGUACGUGCCGCUGCACGACGACGACGCCGCCGUCACGGGGUUCGAGAGCGUCGCGGAUUUCCAGGAGCACUUGGAGUGGAGCCAUGCGCCGUCGAUUGUGUCGGGGGCGGGCGGGUGCGCGCUUAUGUGA